GUAACUUCCGGAUGCUGUCAAAAUACAUGUGCAUUUUUGUUCUCUGUGCUAUUGAACUUAAAAUAAUAGACAUCAUUAUGUUUUGAAGUGUAAACAGCCAAUUUCAUUAAAAAGAGCUGUAUUAAUGAUUGGUAUUCAGUGGAUGAUAGUAAUGUUUUCUCCUGAAAGAAAGAGUUGAUUUUACAAGAUACUAAAAAGAAAAAUCAGGAUGGCAUCUUUGCUGUGUGUUUGUCGCAGUGUUCUGGUAGUGUGUAGAAGACAAGCAAUGACACUGGCUGACCAAGCAAAUUUAACAAAGAUUACCGUUCCUCAGAAAAUGGUUGCAAAAAUAGAAAAGCUUAAAUACAAGAAAAUGGUUGAAGCAGCUAAAAAAAAGAAACCACUGAAAUUCAAAUCUCCACUGGUAAUUUCUUGCAAACGGACAGAGUACAACCACCACCGAGGUCAGACGUACAAUGAGUUCGACCCACAAGUUCUCGCCUCACAUGGAUGGAAACACAGAAAAUCUGCUGGAGACCAUUUCACUGUUAUGUGCCGUGAGCGGAAUCCUGCAUUGCUGACUGAGGAAACAGAAUUAUCUUUUGCAAACUUUAGUCUUAAUGACAGACUGCAAAAUGGCUUACACCAACUUGGCUUCCAUACUCCCACUAAUAUACAGUCCCUGGCAAUUCCUAAGAUUUUGAAAGGUGGAGAUGUGUUGUGUGCUGCAGAAACAGGCAGUGGAAAGACACUAGCAUAUCUUUUACCUCUUGUGGAGAUCAUUUAUCAACAAAAUCAGCUGAUGACAAAAGAAAUAUCCAAGAACAGCCCAAAAGCAAUAAUUUUGGUGCCUUCAAGAGAACUUGCAGAUCAAAUUAUGGAUGUUGCAGAGAAGUUAGCACCAUACAGUGGCAUCAUCACACAUACUGCAGUUGGCGGUAGAGGAACUAAGCAAAGACUUGCUUGGUAUGAAUGGAAACCGAUGGAUGUUCUGAUUUCUACCCCAGGGAUUCUAAAGAAACUACUUUCUAAUAAUAAGAUCCACCGUUCGUACCUACAGCACAUUGUCUUAGACGAGGCCGACACUUUGCUGGAUGACUCGUUCAGUGAUGAUGUAAAAAAUAUUUUGAGAAAACUACAGUUGUCUAAAGGUGGUGGAGGAACCGAUUCUCAGUUGGGCGUUGUCAUGGAUACCCAGUUUAUCCUUGUCGGUGCUACUAUGCCACGCAGCAUUGAACAGGUCAUAGGGGAAAUAAUUCCAGCAGAAUCCCUACAGAAAGUAACCACAUCACACCUCCAUUAUAUUAUGCCUCAUGUUCCACAGAAGUUUCUGAGACUUCUUCCAUCUCAGAAAGCAGAAAUGAUAAUCAAGCUGGCAAGUGAUAGUCAUAAGAAAGGUGUUCCUACGAUGAUCUUCUGCAACAAGAGUAACACCUGUUUCUGGCUGUCGGAAACCCUCCGUGAGAUGGGAGUCAACAACGUUCUCAUGAACGGAGUCAUGCAGGAGCAGAAACGACAUGCAGAAUAUGAGAGUUUUAAAUCGGGCCAUACAGACAUAUUGGUGGCCACUGACAUAGCAUCUAGAGGCUUGGACACUAUAAAUGUACAGCACGUGAUCAACUUUGACUUUCCACUCUUCAUGUCUGACUACAUUCACAGAGCGGGUCGUGUGGGACGAGUUAGCAGUAGGACAAAUGGACUGGUCUCCAACUUUGUGACUCACUUGUGGGAUGUAGACUUACUCUGGAAUAUUGAGACUGCUGUACGAAAAAACACUGAGUUACACAAUGUGAAUGCAAACAUUAAAAGAAAACUGACUUCCAUCAUUAUCAACAAAUAUGGCCAUCGUUACAAUGGACAGUAGCAGUGAAAAUGACGUUGUGUUAGAAGGAUAUUCUUUGACAGUAUCUGAACAGUGUUGAAUGAAAACUAAUAUGGCACUUUAUUACUUGUGAAAAUAAAAUACUUUUUGUAA